GAGACGCAAGUGGGGGGGAGUUGAAGAAGGAAGCAAAGCCGUCGCGGUUGGGUGAAGUGAAAGAAACCCACCUCCCCCUCUCUCUCUCUCUCUCUCUCUCUCAUUUUUUCCCCAUCCUUCCCCUCACAUCUCGUCUCGUCUCACCUCCCCCAUUUUUUUACCACCCCCCGUCGCUUCCCCACCCCGCCGCGGCCUCUCCGUCGCCCUCUCCUCGUCGGAGUAGCGGAGGGGCGGGGGCUCGGGCACCGAGGCAGGCCCUCGCGAGGGUGUUGUUCCCUCGGCUCGGCGCGGCUUGGCUUGGCUUCCCGAGAAAAAGAGUUCAUUAGCAAGAAUGGAACCCUACACGUUUCUUUAGCUGCAAUUGAUAGUAAACAAUAUGUAUGAGAAUAGAAAAUUAUCUGAUGACAUGUCCAAGAAAACGGAAUCUAUUCACUCAAAUGGACAGGCACAGGAAGACAAAGCUACAAUUAUUGAACCUGAAAGUGAUGCAACUAAUUUUGAAGUGGAAACUGAGACAGCACAUGGUGUCUGUGAGGUGCACAAGGUGCAUGGACAUGGAACCAUGGAAAAUGGUCUGCAUGAGGAAGCAUCCACUGCUGAUGAUGAUUCAGAGAGUAACUCGUAUGAAUACCUUCUUCAGGAAUCGGACAAUGAGCAAUCUUCAGAAUCUGAUGCUGGCGAGGGAGACAAUGAGGCACCUCUAACUGAGGAAGAAGUUGAAGCAUUAGUCACCGAAUUCCUCGACGUUGAGAGCAAGGCAGCUCAAGCGCAAGAAUCGCUUGAAAAGGAGUCGUUGGACAAGAUUGAAGCUGAAGUAAGAUUGGAGUUAUCGGAGAGGCUCCAAGGAGACGAGUUAGAGUUAGCAGUUUCUACUGAGAUGAAGCAAUACAAGGAGGAGUGGGAAUCUGAACUUGAUGAUCUGGAGACUCACAUUGCAGUUCUCUUGGAGCAACUGGAUGCUGCUGGUAUUGAACUUCCCAGCCUCUAUAAGUCAAUAGAAAGUCAAGUUCCAAAUGUUUGUGAAACUGAAGUAUGGAAGAACAUGACUCAUUGGGCUGGUUCUCAAGUGCCUGAGGAAGCUAAUCAAUCAAUCAGAAAAGCUGAUGAAUACCUCCAAUCCUGUAGACCCGUAAGGAGAAAACAUGGGAAGCUGCUGGAGGAAGGUGCUAGUGGUUUUCUUGCUGGAAAAAUCCCUGUUGAGGAUGAUGGAUCUGUAAAAUGCCAUGAGAAAAGUUGGAAUGUAUUCAAUGAACUUACCAAAUCUCAGGAAUAUGCUGAACAUACUUUUGGAAGUAGCAACUGGGCAUCGGUGUAUCUGGCCAGUACCCCACAAGAAGCUGCUGCCUUAGGUCUCCAGUUUCCAGGAGUUGAUGAGGUGGAGGAGAUAGCUGAAGUUGAGGGUGCUGUUGGUGACAUAAAAUGUGUCGAUGAAAUAGAGCUUUCUGAAGAACAGAGAAGAAAAUACAGAAAGGUAGCAGAAGAGGAUGAUGCAAAGAUAACAAAACGUCUACGGCGCCAUUUGAAAGAAAGAAGGACAAGACACCGGUACAAGGGGGACUUUGGUUUGGCCUCACCAUCAAAUGGAUGCUGUGAGCUGCCUCCUGAGAAACCCAAAACAGAUGAAAAUGGAAUUUCUGUUGAGCUGGCAAAGCGUGCACGUGAAGAUGAUGUUGAGUUGAACCAUAAGAGGUCAAAAACUGUAAUUAUCGAAAGUGAUGAGGACAUGGAGACUGAGAGCAAGCCUGCUUCAGCACCAAGUGAAAAUGUGUCUAAGAUUAUUGAUCUUGAUAGCCCUAAGCUUGGUGAUAAAGUUUGGCCUAAAGCUUUCAAGUGUACUAUUUGCACUGAAAUGUUGAAUGCCCCAGAAGUGCAUCGCCACCCAGUAUUGGAUGUUAUAGUUUGUGGAUCUUGCAGAUUUCUAGUGAUAGAGAGGAACCGUCUUGAGGAUCCCGUGUCUGGUGGUUAUUGCACCUGGUGUGUACAAAGUGAACAGCUUCAAAGUUGCAGCUCUUGUAAACUGCUUUUCUGCAGAAAUUGCUUGUCAAAGAAUUUUGGUGAAGAAGGCUUAUCAGAAGCUAAAGUAACUGGUUGGCAAUGUUGCUGCUGCCUACCCAGUCAACUGGAACACUUAAUUUCUGAAUGUGACAAGGCCCUGAGUGGUGUUGAAUCUUCUGACCCAGAGAGUGACUUUGCAGAUCUUUCUGUAAUAGAGAGCAAUGGUCCUUUUAGCAAGGGGAAAAUGAAAAAGAGGAUAAGAAGGAUCAUGGGUGAUGAAGAACUUGGAGAGGAAACAAAGCGUAAAAUUGCAAUGGAGAAGGCUAGGCAAGAACAUUUGAAGUCCAUGCAAGAGCAGUCUGCCAGCAAGUCUGCCAGCAAGUUAAAGAGCAACAGUAUUGGAACUUCCUUUGAAGCACCAACUGAGGUUUCUCUUGAAUAUGUUGAGGAUGGGCAUAUAGUAAAUGUUGCCCGUGAGGAAGAUGAAGCUCCUGUUAGAAUUCCAAGCAGCAUAUCUGCUAAACUGAAACCUCAUCAGGUAUCAGGAAUAAGAUUUUUGUGGGAAAAUGUGAUCCAAUCUGUCAAGAAGGUCAAAUCUGGGGAUAAAGGUUUUGGUUGCAUUUUGGCUCACAACAUGGGCCUUGGGAAAACUUUUCAGGUUAUUACAUUCCUGUACACUGUUAUGAGAUGCACCCAGUUGGGAUUGCGAACAGUACUCAUAGUUACCCCCGUCAAUGUUUUGCAUAACUGGAAGAAAGAGUUCAUCAAGUGGCGUCCAACAGAACUGAAGCCACUUCGCGUAUAUAUGUUGGAGGACGUUGCAAGGGCAAAUAUUCUGUAUUUACUAAAAAAGUGGCAAGCAAAAGGUGGUGUGCUUCUGAUUGGUUAUUCAGCAUUUAGAAACCUUUCCCUUGGAAGGAGUGCAAGGGACAAAACCGUUGCAAACGAGAUAACUAAUGCUUUGCAGGGUGGGCCUGAUAUUCUUGUAUGUGAUGAAGCACAUAUAAUUAAGAAUAGGAGAGCUGACACUACACAAGCUCUGAAACAAGUAAAGACACAGAGAAGAAUUGCGUUAACUGGAUCUCCGUUGCAGAAUAAUUUGAUGGAGUAUUACUGUAUGGUUGAUUUUGUUAGAGAAGGUUAUCUUGGAAGUAGCCAUGAGUUCCGUAACAGGUUCCAGAACCCCAUUGAAAAUGGACAGCACACGAAUUCUACAUCAGAUGAUGUCAAGAUCAUGAAUCAACGGUCACACAUUCUGUAUGAACAACUGAAGGGAUUUGUCCAGCGAAUGGACAUGAACGUGGUGAAGAAUGAUCUACCACCAAAGAAGGUUUUUGUUGUUACUGUUAAACUCUCUCAACUCCAAAGAAAGCUGUACAGAAGAUUCUUGGACGUGAAUGGUUUCUCAAGCAGUGCUGCUUCAGAAAAGUCUUUUCAGCGCAGUUGUUUCUUUGCCAAGUACCAAACGUUAGCCCUGAUAUGGAACCAUCCUGGUCUUCUGCAGAUGGCUAAAGAACAGAAAGGAAAUUUGCGUCAAGAAGAUGUUGAGUCCUUUCUGAUGGAUGAGAGUUCUAGUGAUGAUAAUAUUGAAAAUUACUUGCCAAAUGGAGAGAAGCUGAGAAGCAGAAAUGAUCAGCCAUCCAAGAAAACUUCUGACGUUGUAAAUGAGGAAAAUAACUGGUGGGAGAAUCUUCUGGAUGAAAACACAUUUAAGGAAGCAGAUUACAGUGGCAAAAUGGUUUUGCUCCUUGAUAUCCUGUCAACAUGUUCUGAAUUGGGUGACAAGGCGUUAGUGUUCAGCCAGAGCCUGACCACUCUGGAUUUAGUGGAGUUUUAUCUAUCUAAAUUGAAGAUUAAAGAAAAAGAUGGCAAAUAUUGGAAACAAGGGAAGGAUUGGUAUAGGAUUGAUGGGAGCACUCCAUCUUCUGAGCGACAAAAUCUCGUGGAGAAGUUUAAUGACCCUGAAAACGUUAGAGUGAAAUGUACAUUAAUAUCUACUCGUGCUGGAUCCCUAGGCAUUAACCUUCAUGCAGCCAACCGUGUGAUUCUUCUUGAUGGUUCAUGGAAUCCAACCCAUGAUUUACAAGCCAUCUAUCGGGUUUGGAGGUAUGGCCAGACCAAGCCUGUGUAUGCUUACCGCCUUAUGGCACAUGGGACAAUGGAAGAGAAAAUAUAUAAACGGCAGGUGACAAAAGAAGGGCUUGCAGCAAGGGUGGUGGAUAGGCAGCAAGUGUCUAGAACAAUCUCUAAAGAAGAGAUGCUACAUCUUUUCGAAUUUGGUGAUGAGGAAUUACUGGAGCAGAGCGAGAAUGGUUCUGCCAUGAAUGGUCACAGUAAAGUUGAGACUGAGAAGCGGGCUACUACCAACCCCAGUGGAACCACUGAACAUUUACCUUUGGACAGGCUCAUGGUGAACCUACUUCAUGACCACUCUCGGUGGAUUGCAAGUUACCAUGAACAUGAAGCCCUACUGCAAGAAAACGAAGAUGAAAGGCUCACCAAGGAGGAGCAAGAACUGGCGUGGUUAAGUUACAAUAAGUUGCUAGAAGUUGGCCCAAGGAAAGCUACACAUGACCCUGAGAGAAAACUAAAUACUGUUCCAACAGAGAGCAACCUUCUGCAACCACCUAAAGUCACCUCAAGAAACCGGCAACUCCCCCAACAGCCUAAGGUUAAUUUAAACAACCAAAAGAAGUGCAACAACCUGAGCCACUUGCUUACUCUGAGAAGUCAAGGCACCAAGCCUGGAUGCAGCACAACUUGUAAAGAAUGUGGCCAGGAUAUUAGUUGGGAGACACUAAACAGAGACGGUAGAUCAAGGUGAAGCCAAUUGAUUUUGCUUAGUCUAAUGUUAUACAUUUUGUACUUUUGUAAAGUUAACUAUUUUGCGUAGUAUACAUCAUGUAUGCUAGGAAUAUCAAUGUAUAGAGUGGUAGUGAAGGGAAUGGAAAAGUCAUUUUUUGGUCCAGAAGGUAAAAUGUAUCAGUUGCAACUGGAAUUUUUUUACAUGAUUUGUAAAUUAUGACGUCAGAAGGUACA